UUCAUUCAUUCAUUGCAACCAAAAGAAUACAAAUUCCCAAUUUAUUCGCCUGGAUUCGUGCAUAAGGCCUUUACUUCUCCGGCGAAAACCUUCGUUCUCCCUGGAAAAACCCUACGCCCUCCCCGACGCCAUGCGAAUAGCUCCUCUCUCUUCUUACCUCUUCUCCCUCUCCAGAACCCUCCUCCUCUCGCCCCGAAACCUACUCCUCCCCAAUCUCUUCUCCUCCCACCUCCCUCUCCAUUCCCCACCUCCCACCUCCUCUCCCCUCCCCUCUCCCUCCUCUCUCUCCGUCUCCCUCCCCUCCCCCCGCGCGUUCCAAACCCUCCCAUGGCCUCCCCCCGCUCCCCCAUCCUUCGACUCCGCGUCCACCAUGGAGGAGCUCCUCGUCGCCUUCAAAGCCAUGGAGUCCUCUGUAGAGAGCGGCGGCGGCGGCGGCGGCGACGAGAGGAAGCUCGGCGUGGCUUGCCUGAAGCUAGCGGAGCGUAUGAGCGGCGAAGGAUCCGGAAACUUCGAGAAAGGUCUCGCCUUUGCCCUCAGAGCUCUGAAGAUCUUCGAGAAGUCCGAUGGCGGGUGGUCGCUUCCGGUCGCAGAGGCGCUUUGCGUGGUCGGAUCCAUCAGUUGCAAGAUGAAGCGGUUUGAUGAGAGCUUGGAGUCGCUGAAUACUGCUGUGGAGAUUCUUGGUGCGUUGGAAAGGGGAGAUGCUAAUGUCUGUAUUGCUGCCCACGACCAGCUCGCGAGGACAAAGACCGCCUUGGGGCGAAGAUGGGAGGCUUUGGUCGAUCAACGGAGGUCGUUUGAGCUUAAAGUUGCGAUUUUGGAGCCAAAUUGUAGGGAAUUAGGGUGCGCCUAUAAGGAUACGGCAGAGGCUUACACAUUGGUAUUAGAGUUUAAGGAGGCGUUGCCUCUCUGUUUGAAGGCAUUGGAGAUUCAUAAGCAACAGUUUGGCCUCGAUUCGGCUGAGGUGGCCAAGGUUCGGCAGCUUCUUGGGGUUAUUUAUAUCGGACUGGGGGAGAAUGAGGAAGCGCUGCGACAGAGCGAACUCUCGAGGAGAAUUUUUGGGGGUUUAGAAUUGGUUGAUGAAUUGAUACAAGCCGAAAUUGAUGCAGCCAACAUACUAAUUUUAUUAGGUAGGUUGGAUGAAGCGACUAGUGCUUUGAAAAUGGCCAUUCAGAAGGCAGAGAAGGAGAGUGAGGCCCGGGCUUUCGUGUUGGUAACGAUGGCGAAAGCCUUGUGUUGCGAAGAGAAGUUUGGGGAGGCGAGGAGGUGCGUGGAGAUUGCUUGCGGUAUUCUUGACAAGAAGGAGACUUCAUGCCCUUCGAAAGUAGUCGAAGCUUAUGCGGAGGUAUCAAUGCUAUAUGAGUCAAUGAGCGAGUUUGAGACUUCCCUAUCUAUGAUGAAGAGGACUCUUGCUAUGCUCCAGAAGCUUCCAGAGAUGCAGCACAUGGAGGGAAGUAUUUCAGCAAGAAUUGGCUGGUUGCUUCUCUUCACGAAGAGAGUGCCGCAGGCUGUUCCGUAUCUGGAAAGUGCGAUUGAGAAGCUGAAAAAUUCCUUUGGACCUAAGCAUUUUGGGUUGGGAUUUGCUUAUAAGCAUUUGGGGCAGGCUUAUUUGGAGAUGAAUCAGCUGCAGUUGGCUGUGAAGUUUCUCAGUCUUGCAAAGGACAUAAUUGAGAUCUCAUUUGGGACACAACACGAGGAUUCUAUCGACACGAACCAGUGUCUUGCAAAUGCAUAUGGAAUAAUGGGAAGCUAUGCGAUUGCAAUGGAUUUCCAACAACAAGUAGUCGAUGGGUGGGAAGCACAGGGGCCUAGUGCUGCGGACGAGGUCAGAGAAGCUCACCGGCUUCUUGAGCAGCUAAAGAAAAAGGCUCAGGGAUCUCGUUCUGCAGUAUUUCCGGCCAAUUCUCUUCCACUGCCGCCUUCUAGAAAGUGAUACAAUUCCUGCCAAUCUCCCACAACUCAAAUGCGAUCGUGCAUGACCUCCAGCAGCGUUCUUCUAGUCAAUAUUUGUCUUGUGUUCAAUGCUGCUGCCCUCGCACAGGUUUCAAAAUGAAUAAGGUGAGGUAAUGUACCGGUCUGCAAGGAAGAUGGAAAGAUAUGCUAUAACUAGGAACUGCAUCAUCUCCAUACGAGCUUUCCAAUGAUUUGUUUUGACAAUUAGAAGAGCAAACCAACGAGAUUCACCGAGUCUAUUUCCAAAUCUCGAUGAGGCGCAAAUCGCAAGGUGCACACCGUGACCACUCUGGAUCGCCCACAUGCGUGCACAUGGCAUAUCAUACGCAGGACAUACUCGUUCGACCUGUUCUGAUUCAUGCACAGGAAUCCCAAAGAGAAGUUGCUGUUCAUAAGCUCAGCAAUGCGCAGGUGAUGUUCAUGCACAUAUGCAUUGAGUUUUCCUUGCGUCUGCUGCUACUCUCUGCUUCUCCAACUCAGAGCCUCAGUUCCCUGCAGGUAAUAGCUGUAUUUGUUGCUCCCAAGAGAACCCAUCAUUAUAAUAUUAUUUAUUUAUAUAUUUAUUUAUUUAUUUAUUCGAGGUAACUUCUGAGACCACAGUAGAUAAGAGAUUUGUAUAAUGGUAAAUUACAUCUUAGUGUUUCUUAAUGAAUUUAAUUAAAUAUUGAUUACUGUGUGGCUUGGCAGUGAAGUUGUGCAGUAUAUUAUUACCUUGA